AUGACAACUACACCACCUCAAGGUUCAGCGAGUGUUCAAGCGCUGACGCCAUGUUAUGGAAUACAAAGCAAUUUACCAAUUCCGUCGCGAUUGAAUUUGGCAGGAAAUAUUUCAGAAAACUGGAAGAAGUGGAAGCAAGUGUGGGAUUCGUUCGAAAUCGCCUCACGUCUUAACCAGCAAGAAGAUAAAUACCGUGUAGCUACUUUCAUUACCUGCAUUGGAACCGAAGCCCUCGAAGUCUACAAUGGUCUUCCGUUCGAAAAAGAAGAAGACAAGAACGUAAUGAAUACAGUUCUGGAGUUGAUGGAGAGGCAUUGCAUUGGCCAAACAAAUGUCAUUUACGAGCGAUACUGCUUCAAUAAUAGAAAACAAGAAAGCGGCGAAUCAUUUGACACGUAUCUCACAGCGCUCAAAACUCUCGCGAAAACGUGCAUUUUUGGUCCACUCACCGACGAAUUAAUUCGUGAUAGGAUCGUCUGUGGAAUUUGUGACACGGGAACUAGGAAGAAAUUACUACAAGAGCCCAAAUUAAAUCUUCAGAAGUGUAUCGAUGUAUGUCGAUCAGCCGAAACAACUGCAUCGCAAAUGAAAGUCAUGAGUGGAAGAGAAGAAGUCAACGCACUCAACCACAAAGAGAAAAAAGACGGCAGAGACGCCAGUCCUAAGUUAGUUAAUUGCAAAUACUGCGGCAGAAAACACGAGAGAUCAAGAGAUAAAUGCCCAGCGUUCGGAAAAGAAUGUGCGAAAUGCGGCAAAACAAAUCACUUCGCCAAGCUAUGUAAACAGAAACUUGGUGGGCGACAACGAAGAAAAGAACGGAUUCACCGAGUGCGAGACGCAAAAACUUCGCAGGAUUCGAGCGAUGAAGAGUACUGCUUCAUGAUUUCAUCCGAAAAUCUGGAAGAACAAAGUGUCAAAAGUGUCAGUAGUCAACCCAUCAAAUCGAAAAUCUUCGCAACAAUGGAGAUCAAAGGUCAUCCCGUUCGUUUUCAAGUCGACAGUGGCGCCACCUGUAAUGUGAUAAGCAAAAACGAUUUACCGAACGAGUGCCCGAUCGCGCAUUCGAAACAAGUCCUCAGCAUGUUUAACGGAUCGAAAAUGGAAACCAUUGGUAAAUGUCGUGUUAAUCUGGUAAAUCCCAAGGUUGAUGAAGAAUGCGAAACAGAGUUUGUUGUUGUCAAUAACGACUGCACGCCACUGUUGGGUUCCAAAACGGUGCAGAAAAUGAAAUUAAUCAAAGUGCGUUAUGAGAAUAUCUCAUUGGUACAAGAAAAGACAGAAGCAAUGGGCCUAACGAUGCAACAAAUAGCAGCAGAUUUCCAUGACGUUUUCACUGGAGAAGGAAAAUUUGAGAAGAAACUUCACUUAGAGUUGGACACAACCAUUGAACCAGUGAAACAGCCUGUUAGAAGGAUUCCAGUGGCAAUGAAACCCAAGUUAAAGCAAGAGCUCACUCGUCUCGAAGAACUUGGUGUUAUCAAAGCAGUUGACACUCCAACAGAUUGGGUCUCAAGCUUGGUACUUGUUAAGAAGCCCAACGGCAAGCUUUGCGUGUGUAUCGACCCUCAGCCACUAAAUAAAGCUUUGAAACGCAGCCACUACCCUCUUCCGGUUAUCGACGAUCUCCUGCCGGACUUGUCAAAAGCUAAAGUCUUCAGUGUGUGUGACGUUAAAAACGGGUUUUGGCAUGUCGAGUUAGAUGAAGAUUCAAGCUAUCUAACAACGUUUGGCACUCCAUUUGGUCGGUACCGGUGGCUGAAGAUGCCAUUUGGCAUAUCACCCGCACCGGAAUAUUUCCAACAUCGUUUGGAUCAAGCCAUCGAAGGCCUUCCCGGUGUGCGCACAGUUGCAGACGACAUCCUCAUCUCGGGUGAAGGUGACACUGUGCAAGAAGCAGUGAAAGAUCACGACAAAAAACUGCUAACUCUACUUGAAAGGUGCCGCGAAAAGGGAGUGAAACUGAACAAGGAGAAGUUCAAGUUGAAGAUGACAGAAAUCCCCUACGUUGGUCAUGUGUUAACAAGAGAUGGACUAAAACCAGACCCAUCCAAAAUAGACGCCAUCAAAGGCAUGAGGCGACCAACAGAUGUGAAAGGUCUAACGCGCAAGGAUGCAGAAUGGCACUGGAGCGACGUCCAUGAGAGCGCCUUUAAGAAGAUCAAAGAAGCAGCUUCCCAAGCACCUGUCCUCCGAUACUUUGAUCCCGCCAAAGAGACUGUACUUCAAUGCGACGCCUCGGACACUGGACUUGGAGCUACGCUUUUACAAAAUGGUCAGCCAGUGGCAUACGCAUCGCGAUCCCUGACGGAUACAGAACGCAACUAUGCGCAAAUAGAGAAAGAACUGCUAGCCAUAGUGUUUGGAGCCGAGAAGUUCAACCAAUACACUUAUGGUCGCAAAGUGAUUGUUGAGAGUGACCAUAAACCACUUGAAGUUAUUUACCGCAAACCUCUCGUGGCCGCCCCCAAGCAUCUACAACGAAUGCUACUUCGCCUGCAGAAGUAUAACCUCGAAAUUGGUUUCAAGCCAGGCCAGCACAUGUAUCUGGCAGACACACUCUCUAGAGCACCCCUUCCCAACACCACAUCGCGCGAUGAAGUGCUAACCAUCGACAAAGAAGUUGAAGAAAUACAUAUGGUCGAGUUUCUGCCACUCCGCAAAGCUAGCCUAGACGAUAUCCGUAAAGAAAGUCUGCGAGACAGCACGAUGCAAGCACUUCAGAAAGUCAUUCGAGAAGGGUGGCCUGAGACCAAGAUUGAUCUCCCAAAUGACGUCACGCCAUACUUCAACAUUCGUGACGAGCUAUCAGCGCAAGAUGGAAUUAUCUUCAAAGGAGACAGAUGUGUAGUUCCAAAAUCCCUCAGACCAGAAGUCCUAUCCAGAAUCCACCGAUCACAUAUUGGCGUGGAAGGAUGCUUGAGACGCGCGAGAGAAAGCGUUUUCUGGCCAGGAAUGAACACAGCUGUGAAGAACUUUGUCAGACAGUGUGAAACUUGUCGAACCUUUGAGAUCUCCCAGCAGAAGGAAACACUCCACCCACAUGAGGUACCUGACCGGCCAUGGUCCAAGGUUGGUGAUGAUCUGUUUGAGACAAACAACCGACAUUACCUCGUGACCGUAGAUUACUACAGCAACUACUGGGAAGUCGAUAGGUUGGAGUCCAGUACAACAUCUAAAGCUGUUAUUUACAAAUUGAAGCAACACUUUGCAAGGCAUGGCAUCCCGAACACUGUGUUUUCCGACAAUGGCCCACAGUUUGAUUCGGACGAAUUCAGGAGAUUUGCUCGAGAUUGGGAAUUCAAUCAUUUAACCUCAAGUCCCGGACAUUCGCAGUCCAAUGGUAUGGCGGAAAGCGCAGUCAAGACUGUGAAAAGGCUUAUUAAGAAGGCUAACAAAGAUGGAACAGAUCCUUGGCUCGCGAUCCUCGACCACCGAAACACACCCUCAGAAGGCAUGAAAAGCAGUCCAGCACAAUGA